CCGGAAGUUGCCGGAGACAGAUGACACACAUGAAAGUCAUCCGCAGACACCGAAAAGGCAGCGAAAGGCAGCAAACCGUGUUUCAUAAUGUAUCGAUAGCGGCAGACCGUUUGCUCUGUAGUAACAGUAACGUUAGCCCUGAAAUACAUCCUGUUUAAUUGAGGAGGUUUGGGUUGGAGCACAGAAAGCUAAUGGUCUCAUUGAAUUUCUCAGGCUUAGGUAAAUGGUCACAGUGAAGCGGCUGGUUGGAUAACAUUAGUAGUGUUAGCAUCAGGUCAAGGCUCCCUCCGCCACCCUCGUCAUGAUCAGGAGCGGUGCCCAGAUGGCGAGGAGGCUGUCAGCGGGCUUCCUGAGCCGCGGCCCCCUCUUUUCCGCUGGGGCUCCGGCCGCCGGCGUGCCGCUCGGCCCCGGCACCGUGCGCACCAUGGUGCAGGCGUUGCCAUGGCCUUUCUCCUCCCAGCCUCGGGACUUCAGCUUGCCCAACUCCUCAUGGGGCUCGGAGAUGAUGCGCCUGUACGAGCACUACAACAGCCAGUGUGAGGUGGUCACCGAGGCAGGGGAGAGGCAGAGGGGGCCGUGGAGAAGACUGCCGAGCUACAACCGUUCUCUCAAGUACGCCACAGGUGGAGUUUAUCUCAGUAAGUUAAUCCAGUCGAAAGCUCGUCUCUUCACUCGGAACAUCAGAGCGCCGGGAGCAGCGUUUGAGUAUGUUGUGUUUGUCAACAAAGAAGAGCAGAGGUGUGUGUGUGUUUUCCAGGCCGGGCACCUGCUGGAGGGACCACCAGGGCAUGUCCAUGGGGGGGCAAUAGCCACAAUGAUUGACGCUGUGACAGGGACUCAUGCGGCUUACCUCUCUGGACCGGUCAUGACUGCCAACCUCAACAUCAACUACCGCAGCCCCAUCCCCCUGGGAAGUACAGUGUUGAUUGAAUCCUGUCUGGAUAAGAACGAAGGCAGAAAAACAUUUCUGUCAUGUAAAGUGACCAGCACCGAUGGCUCCAAACUACAUACAGAAGCAACCGGAUUGUUCCUGUCCAUCACCGUCGGCAAGCUGCUGGGAGUGUGAUACACACACACCACUCCACAAAACACCCAGAGUCAGCAAGCUGAGGCCAGAAUGAGUGUGCAUGUGAGCGUGAGUGUGUCAUUGCUUUGGAGACUUUUUUUUUUUAAGAGUUUAAUUUUUCAAAAGAUGUAUUAUGAAAUAAUUCCUGUUAGUUAUGACCUUUUUUUUUUUUUUUUUUUUUUUUUUUUACCUCAGGUAGCCAUACGAUCCAUUGUCGAGUGCACUAGUAGCAUAUCUUGGAUACUCUUUCAUACAGACUUGAAAAACAUGAGAUAAAAAUCUUACAUAUCUAAACUUUUUGCUAUUUAUUGAAUUGUAUGUUAAGGGUAUGUAUUGUUUCUUAACAUAACUGAUGAUUUUAUUUAAACAUUGGGGCCUUUAGGGUUUGAGAUGACUCCUCAUGAAUUUUGUUAAUAUUUUGUUUCCUCUAAUAAAACCUUGCCUAAUGGUGUUACACAGAUGA